AUGCAGAAUUAAAAGUAUCCACAGCAACACUCAACAAAAUUAUUUUGUCCUUUCAAUAUCUUCAUAUAUCAAUUUAAAAAUGGAAGGCACCUCUAACUUCAAUCGCCAUCGUCAAACCAUGGCCAAAUCAAACUCGCGUAGGACUAAUAAUCACCGCGUUCGUGAUAACUCUACCAUGGAAACAUUCACGGAUAUCAGUAUGGAGGAAGGGGAUUCUGAGAUAUGGAACAACUUCUCCAACAAUUUUAGGCAGGUGCAGUCCGUAUUGGAUCGAAACAGAUUGUUGAUUCAACAAGUUAACGAGAAUCAUCAAUCGAGAACGCACGACAGUAUGGUGCAGAACGUGGGCCUAAUUCAGGAACUCAACGGCAACAUAUCAAAGGUUGCCUCUAUCUAUUCUGAUUUCAAUACCGACUUCACAACUAUGCUCCAUCAGAGGAAGAAUGACGCUUGAGAGACGAUCCACUAUGCUUCUAUAUUUACUAAUAAAACCUUUUUAUUAGCUUCUUUAAAGUCUUCUAGUCUCCAGUGCUGGAUGGAUUGAAAUUAUAUAGUUGAUGCAUUCCAUUCGUUCUUGAUUUACUAAAAAUAAUUUAUUGCUAGAAGGUAUUAACAUCAGAAAGAGAAGUGGAUGGAUUAAGUUAAGUGAAUAAAAAUACCCAAAAAGCGAAGCAUCUCAAAGUUUCACGCCCGAUCUUACUCCUCCUAAUCCAAAUUAUGUGAAUUGUUACGACUCUUUUUCAUGGUUCAAAAUUAGUAAAUUUGAGAAUUCUUGGGACUUUUUUCA